CACUGCUUUGGUUGGUUAUUUGGUUACAAUGUUAUAUUAUUUAUUUGGUCCAACAUUACUAAAUACUUAUAAUUCUAUGUAAAUAAUAACUACGAUUAUUGAAAAAUAAUUAUAUUUAGAAAAUUUAUUCACAAAUAUAAAUAUGAUCAUACAAAGAAAUUCGGCUAAAUGUAAGGAUCUAAAGAACCAAAAUGAGGUCAGUAAAUUCUCAAAAGAGAACGAUUGGUGCCCGGACCCAAACAAACCUUUAGAAGACAAAAUGAAAAGUUAUGAUGGGGCCCCACAAGAGAAUCAGUUGGAACCUACAGAGAAAUUAAUGCCAUCUGAUAAAUAUGCAGAGAGAGUUAGUCUAAACCUACAUUUGGAAAUUGACUUAGUCUUUAUAGGGCUGUUAGUAUUAGCUCUUGGUACCAGACUGUACAACUUGGAAGAACCAAGAUAUAUUGUAUUUGAUGAGCUGCAUUAUGGUAGAUAUGUAUCAUUGUACACAAAAGGGGUGUUUUUCUUUGAUGCACAUCCACCACUUGGCAAACAACUCCUAUAUUUAGCUGGUCAUAUUGCUGGCUAUGAUGGCAAUUUUACAUUUGAUAGAAUUGGAUCACCAUAUACACCUAAUGUACCAAUAAAAGCUCUUCGGUUAGUGCCUGCUGUUGCUGGCAGUCUUUUAGUAGCAGUUACAUACCAAGUGAUGUUAGAGAUGUCUUUCCAUCAGUGGACUGCAAUAUUAGCUGGAUUAUUAGUUUUAUUUGAAAAUUGCUUCCUAGCUCAGUCAAGAUUCAUGUUACUAGAGAGCAUUCAAAUACUAUUUGGAUUAUGUGGAAUAUUGUGUACCAUUAAAAGCACAUCUAAAAUGGGUGCGUCUUGUGUGAUCUGGCUUUGUGUUGGUGCUGUAUCACUUGGCUGUUGUUUUUCGGUAAAAUACUCUGGACUUUAUACAUAUUAUUUGGCGAUAUUCCUUGUUGGAAGACAAAUAUGGCAACGAAUUGGCAGCAAAGAGUCAACUCUACAUCUGACCUUAGCAGCACUGUGGAGAAUAAUUGUUCUAUUUAUCUUACCUCUUUUGGUGUAUGUGUGUGUAUUCUAUGCUCACCUAAUUAUGUUACCAAAGGCUGGGCCACAUGAUAGUGUGAUGACGAGUGCAUUUCAGGCAUCGUUGCAAGGUGGGCUCGCAAGCAUUACGCGAGGCCAACCCCUGCAUGUUGCCCACGGGUCACAAAUUACUUUGAGGCACGCACAUGGGCGGACAUGUUGGCUGCAUUCCCAUGCACACGUAUAUCCGGUUCGAUACACUGACCAGCGCGGUUCAUCCCAUCAGCAGCAAGUCACCUGUUAUAGCUUCAAGGAUGUCAAUAACUGGUGGAUAGUGAAACGGCCCGAGCAGCCCUCGUUAGCCGUGGCCCGGCCCCCAGAUGCCAUCCGCCAUGGAGAUAUCGUUCAACUACUACACGGUAUUACAAGCAGGGCGCUCAAUUCACAUGAUGUCGCAGCGCCUGCCUCGCCACAAUCACAGGAAGUAUCUUGCUACAUCGAUUAUAAUGUGUCGAUGCCAGCACAGAAUCUUUGGCGAGUAGACAUUGUAAAUAGAGACAGUGAAGAUGCCACAUGGGACAGCAUACGAUCUAUGGUACGACUGAUACACGUUGACUCGGGGUCUGCGCUUCGCUUUAGUGGACGUCAAUUGCCCUCCUGGGGAUUCCAUCAGCACGAAGUGGUAGCUGAUAAAGUCAUUACACAUCAAGAUACUAUAUGGAAUGUCGAGGAACAUCGAUACACCAAAGCUGAAGACAGACGAGAAAGGGAACGGGAACUCGUUUCGGCAGAAAUGAUACCAACAGCAGUAACACAACUCACAUUUUGGGAGAAGUUUGCCGAACUGCAGUACAAGAUGAUCGCUCACGCUCCUGAUGCGCCACACGGCCACAUGUUUGCUAGUGAACCAGCAGAAUGGCCUCUGCUUGUACGCUCAAUUGCAUAUUGGUUGUCACCCAAUUCGAAUGCUCAGAUACAUUUAAUAGGGAAUUUAGUAACUUGGUACGCUGGAACUAUAUCAGUAGUACUGUACAGUAUUAUGUUGGCACUAUACGCGGUGCGCCGGAGACGUGCAUGCGCAGAUUUACCUAUUCGAGCCACGCAACGGUUCUACGACGCCGGAUUCGUUUUCUUUCUAGGCUAUUUGCUCCAUUACCUCCCUUACUACUUUAUGGAUAGAACACUAUUUCUUCAUCAUUAUUUACCUGCUUAUAUAUUUAAAAUUCUCUUAUUAUCUUAUGUGAUCGAUCAUAUUUAUUACAUUUUACAAUUACGUGAGAGAACGAAGCCAUUAACACAUGUAUUUAUUGUGUGUGUAGUUGUGUGGCUCGCGUAUGUGGUACUUACAUUUAACAAAUUCAGUGUUCUUAAUUAUGGAAACGUUGAUUUGACAGAAAGUGACCUCAUUAAUCUUAGAUGGAAAGAUACGUGGGAUUUCAUUUUACAUAAAAAGUCAUAAAUAUAACUCUCGUAUUAUGGUUACUUAAACUACUAAUCAAUUGUUUACUGCCAUAUAAUAAUAUUGUCGAAUACGAAUUUGAUUUUAGUAUUGUCGUUUAAAUUGGCUACAAUUGUGACCAAAACCGAAACUACAUAGAAAAAUAUUUUAAUUCAAUGGGUGUUAAGACUAAAAAAAUUGAAUCUAAUAUAGUAUCUCAAAAACUAAUGUACGUAAAUAAUUUUAUCAUCUAUUGCUUAUAAUAAGAAUAUAGUUUAGUCCGAAACAUUGUAUUGUUUCAAACUAAAGUAAAUGAACAUUUAUAAUGAUGACAUUGAAGAUAAACUACUUCAAAAAAUUUUUUUCGAUAAUCGUUUUUAUUUGUAAGUUUCAAUUGCGCUAAGGGAUUUAUUAUAAAUUAAUGAGUAUAUCUCAUGUACAAUAUAUUUUCUACACUCUUUAUAUCUUAUACUUUUUUGUACCUAUCCUUGAAAUAUUAAUUGUAUACUACAUGGAUUCUCCAGUGCAUUUCUUAGGCUUUUCUUCAUAAAUAAGGUCACAAUAGCUUAAUGUAAGAACAGAUCUUUAAUAAUAUUAAAAAUACUCAAUCUCAAAUGCAUUUACUACAUAAUUAUUUAUUUUUAUUGGUAAUGUUAAGUACCUAAUAUAAAUACUAUAUGAACUAGAAAAAUAAUCACUUCGCCUAUAUUUCGACUCAUCAUACAAUAUGACCGUUUAUUCUUUUGCGAUUGUAAGGCAGCAAAGUAUGCAUAUCUUAAAGUGAUUAAUGUUGAUCUUAUAAUUUGUAAACAUACGCAUGUACGCUUGUUUUUUUUAUGACACUAUCACAAUAUCGAUAUAUAUUUACGAAAGCCACAAAUUAUUACCCUGGCUGAGUACAGUGGAAUAAACAACUAGAAAAGUGGAUAUGUUUGGAAUAAUUUGUAUACUCAACCUGAGUAUACAAAUUAUUCCUUUGUUCAGAAUAAAUUUUAUUAUCAUAAUGUUACAAAAUCCUUACACACGUUCAGUCACUAUAUUGUAUAUCAUAUACAUGUGUGUUGUAUAAAAAAACAGUUAGAUUAUUAUGGUACAUGUGAAAUAAAGUGUUAUUGAUAUAACAAUGCCGAGAAACGGUAA